AUGCCGGCCUUCUUUUCGCGCGUCUUUCGCAGCAAAGACGCCAAUGCUACCCGAAAGCAGGCCAAACCCGCCGCCGCCGCCGACCCGGGCCCUGCGAAGCCGAAAUGGACCGAUGCAUGGCAGCGAACAGAGGUGGCCCCCGAGGAGGUGCAGGACCUCAUCCGAGGCUGUGCGCAUGAAUUGAAGGCUCGAGCUCUUGAUACCCCGUUCCUGCUCCUGCCUUUUCGUCCGAGUUCCGAUCCCAGCGCCGCCCGCACGUUCAUCCGAAACUACUUCAACCAGUCCUUCGAAAAGGGGGCGCCCGUUAGUGGAGAUGCCUUGAUGCAGGAGCUGCGGUUGACGGAGCCGAUGGUCCUGUGCAGUGUCAUGAAAUGGUGUUGGAGUCGACUGACUGGCGGUGUGGUUACAUGGGAGGCCUAUGAACUGUUCAAGGUUGGCGAGCAAGACUCGGAUCUGGCCCGCGAUGCCUUUUCCACGUUCAUUCCCAUCAGUGUCGACUCGGAUGCCCGCACCAAGAUUAUCUUCGACUUCUUCGACCUCCUAGCCGCUAUUGCGGCUCACGGCAAACUUAACGGGCUGGGAGGCCGGAAACUCUCGCGAUAUGCCGGAUGGUGGGCUUUCGAGCACACCGAUACCGGUAAUGGCUUCGAGGCUUCUUACAAGAAUUGGGCUGCUGCUGCCGACGCAACGAGUCACUUGUUUUUCGCUUAUCUUCGCUCCCUCUCGCCCGAUGUUCCCCGUGGUGUCACUGGCAUUUCCUCGUUGCCCAUCUCUCUCCAGACUCUGGUGGAGGCUACCGAAUACCCCCCCGAAACGCCGACGUUGCUCCAGGUCACGACCACCAAAGUUGUGAUGAUUGUAGAUACGGUCUCGCCCACACCGUUCUCUUUGCUACGUCGCGCAAAGAACUUCGAAUACGGUGACGACCAUUGGCACCUGCAAGAAUUCGCCGACUAUGAAGACCCCAUCAAGGCCCUGACAGAUGAAUGUCUGCGCGUAUUAAAAUGUAUUUCGUCCACGAAUGAGUCCAGCGUGUCGAGCUCCAAGCAAUCGACCAGCCUGCGCGACGCCUCCUGGUCCCGCUUCGAGGAUAUUGGAUUUGGCGGUGCCAUUGACUCGGACCAGGAGGAUGAGGAGAAUAAGCCGCCGCCGUCGAAAAGUGAGUCCCUCGGCGGUAUGAGAACCGCACCUCAGUCGCAGGGUGGAGAUCUGGGCCGCCCCACAACUCCAUCCUGGGCAGACUUUAUGUCGUCGGGCUUCGCGGACGAAGCUAACCUCAAGGACCGAGUUGGCCCAUUACUGCUGCCGCCAGAUAAGGUCCUCCCGCCGAUUGCUGCCACCCGCGGCCAGAGCUCGCAAUCGCACAAGCGCAGCUUGGACGUCGAGCCCUCCCUCGAGCCCGCCGAGUUGGCCAGCAUCAGUACUCUGGAUCUAGAUGAUUCGUUCUGGUGGGUUUGGAUUACCAGUCUAUCCGCCGAUGAACCCGGUGUUCGCAAGGCUGUGUUCGGCCGUUGCGCCCUCCUUGAGACUCGCAUUCGGGAUACCAAAUGGCUGGUCCUUGAGGAGCAGGUGAAAGGUGCUGCCCCCGAGCCGGAGGCUGGCGCCCAAAUUGUCGAGAAGAAGCGCUUCUUCAGCUUCAGCAGCCGCAAGGGUGGCGCCAAGCUGGGCCGCCGUAAGUCGUCGGCCAAGAAAGUGACCUCAAUUGAAGAGUCGUACAAGCGGUCCAACAAUCAGGCCCCGCAGAGCAAAACCAGUAUUGGACCUGAUCAGCACAAGAGGAUCCAGGCUGCUGCUGCUGCUCUUCAGAGGAAGCACCGCGAGCAGGAAGCGGAGGCCCGCCAGACUCGAGGUGGCCCCGGCGAUGACACGUUCUCGACCAAGACCAACUCUGUUUUGACGUUGCAGCCGGCUAUCGUGAACGAAGCCUCCUCAGCGAUGAAGUGGGCACGCAACUAUGACAAGGAUGCCUUCCGAGCUGCCUAUCUGAGCAACACCCGCGCCGGCACUGGCAAUGUCGGUGAUGGUGGUGCCAAUGAUGAGGCCCCUGCCCCGACGGCCGAGACGCCUGUCACGCCGCCUGCUCCUCUCCCCACCAGCACCUCCAAGAUGGGUCCGACGCCGCCUCCUAAAGAAAUCGGCGCCCUGGCUACACCUCUGCCUCCUUCCCCCGAGCCCGCCAAGGAGGCUGUUCCUGAAGAUGACAAGAAGGACCACGCCAACACCGUGGCCGUCGAGGAUCCUGCUGACUCUCAGCCCAAGCAGUCAAUUGAUGAUAGUGGCAAGAAGCUCAAGAAGAAGACGGGCAACACCGGCUUCAAGAACAUGUUCGGCGCCAAGAAGAAGGCCGAGCAGCCUCCCAUGAAGAGCACUGGUGCUAAGGAGUCCUCCUCGGUGGCUGCGGCGCGCGCCGCCCUGGAGGCCAAGGCCAAGGAGUCCCAGGACUCCAGCUCCCCUUCUCCGCCCAAGCCGAAUGUUAUUAGGAAGAAGCCUACCCCUGCCGCUGCGGCUCAGCCCACCCCUGCCCCGGCUCCGGCGCCCGAGACUGAGAAGCCUGUCACUCCGCAGCAGAAUGUGGAGCCCGCGCACGAGGAACCCCGGGUGCCUUCCCAGGUAAUUCAGGGCAGCGGCAGUCCUCCCAAAACCCGCCGCGCCGUUGAGUACGACGCCCUCUCCCGCGUCGACACCAACGAGGCCAAUGCCGCCGACCAGGAAUUCUCCAAGUUCGACCAGGGCCCUCUGGUCGAACAGCCCGCCUUCGUCCCUGAGGAAUCGCCCGUGAACACCCACCCCAAGGAAGCUGAGCUUCCCAAGACUCCGGCCAACGGGCAUGGUCACGGUCACGACCUGAAGCCCGAAGUCACGACUGAGCCCGACACCAGCCGAUUCGCUGGCACGGAGGACCGGUGGGCACAGAUCCGCAAGAACGCGGCCGAGCGCCGCGAUGUCCCUGUUACCAGCGAGGAGCCCGAGGCGCGGACCAGUCAGUCUGAGCGCACGGAUGAAGGCGAUACCAGCGGCGAGGAGACCAUUGAGUCGCGUGUCGCCCGUAUCAAGGCGCGUGUUGCAGAGUUGACCGGUAACAUGGAGGCCUCGCACUAA